AGUGGGGCACAGGGGCAGAGAGCCCUGGGUACCCCCUUCCCCGCGAGCAGGGGCCAGGGCCGGGCCACGCACCACAGACUGCGGCAAGAUCGGGUCUUGCCUGUACAGGAGUGAAAGCAAAAUGGCAGGAAACAGCCUUGUUCUACCAAUCGUGCUUUGGGGUCGCAAAGCUCCCACACACUGCAUAUCAGCCAUACUGUUAAUGGAUGAUGUUUCAAUGAUUGUCACAGGAUGUCAUGAUGGACAGAUAUCUCUCUGGGACCUUUCAUUAAAUCUAGAAAUUAAUCCCAGAGCGCUGCUGUUUGGUCACACAGCUUCAAUUACAUGUUUGUCCAAAGCCUCUGCUUCCAGUGAAAAACAGUAUAUAGUGAGUGCAUCUGAAAGUGGGGAGAUGUGUCUGUGGGAUGUGAAUGAUGGGAGAUGUAUAGAAUUUACAAAACUCGCCUGCACCCAUACUGGAAUACAGUUCUACCAGUUCACAGUUGGGACUCAGCGUGAAGGCAGGCUACUGUGUCAUGGCCAUUACCCAGAAAUUCUUGUUGUGGAUGCUACCAGUCUCGAGGUUCUUUAUUCCUUAGUGUCAAAGAUUUCUCCCGACUGGAUCAGCUCCAUGAGUAUUAUUCGAUCCCAUAGAACACAAGAGGAUACUGUCGUAGCAGUUUCAGUGACUGGUAUUCUGAAAGUGUGGAUUGUAACUUCUGAAGUUAGUCGGAUGCAGGAUACGGAACCAGUAUUUGAGGAGGAGUCUAAACCAAUUUAUUGUCAAAACUGCCAAAGCAUUUCUUUCUGUGCAUUUACCCAACGAUCACUUUUGGUAGUGUGCUCCAAAUACUGGAGGGUUUUUGAUGCUGGAGAUUAUUCCUUGUUAUGUUCAGUUCCCAGUGAAAAUGGACAAACGUGGACUGGCGGUGACUUUGUAUCAGCUGAUAAAGUGAUCAUAUGGACAGAAGAUGGACAAAGUUUUAUUUACAAACUACCAGCCAGUUGCCUACCAGCUAGUGAUACGUUUCGCAGUGAUGUGGGAAAAGCUGUUGAAAAUUUAAUUCCUCCUUUACUGUUCAGUGUAUUGGACCGAGCAGAUAAACAGCUGCUUAUCUGUCCCCCUAUUACUCGAUUCUUCUAUGGACGCAGGGAGUGUUUCCAUAAACUUCUAAUCCAGGGAGAUUCUUCAGGGAGACUGUGUAUUUGGAAUGUGCCAGAUACACUUGAACUGCAAGACAACACAGAAGGACUGCAAAUGACAACUUCAACUUCUCUGCAAGAAGCUUUUUGUAAACUUACUCCUCGUCCUGCUGGAAUUAUAGACCAAUUAAGCUUAAUACCAAACAGUAACGAACCACUUAAAGUUACAGCCAGCGUGUAUAUCCCAGCACAUGGACGCCUGGUUUGUGGUCGUGAAGAUGGAAGCAUUGUUAUUGUGCCAGCAACUCAAACUGCAAUAGUUCAGCUUCUGCAAGGAGAGCACAUGCUAAGGAGAGGUUGGCCACCUCACAGAAAUCUCCGGGCUCAUCGGAACAAAGUUACAUGUUUACUGUAUCCUCAUCAGGUCUCAUCUCGUUAUGACCAAAGAUACUUGAUCUCAGGUGGUGUGGAUUUCUCAGUCAUUAUAUGGGACAUCUUUUCUGGAGAAAUGAAACACAUCUUCUGUGUCCAUGGUGGAGAGAUUACACAGCUUCUAGUUCCACCAGAAAACUGUAGUGCAAGAGUCCAGCACUGCAUCUGCUCAGUAGCCAGUGACCAUUCAGUAGGACUUUUGAGUUUGCGAGAGAAAAAAUGCAUUAUGCUAGCAUCUCGUCACCUUUUCCCUAUUCAAGUAAUAAAGUGGAGGCCUUCAGAUGAUUACCUGGUGGUGGGAUGUGCAGACGGAUCUGUGUACGUCUGGCAAAUGGAUACUGGUGCACUGGAUCGUUGUGUGAUGGGGAUAACGGCAGUCGAGAUCUUGAAUGCUUGUGAUGAGGCAGUUCCAGCUGCAGUAGAUUCCCUUAGUCACUCAGCCGUCAAUCUAAAACAGGCUAUGACUAGACGUAGCCUUGCUGCUCUAAAAAAUGUGGCCCAUCAGAAACUACAGACUCUUGCUACUAACCUUCUGGCUUCUGAAGCAUCUGACAAAGGGAAUUUGCCUAAAUAUUCACACAAUUCUCUGAUGGUUCAAGCCAUAAAGACUAACCUAACAGAUCCAGAUAUACAUGUGCUCUUCUUUGAUGUAGAAGCUCUGAUUAUUCAGCUACUGACUGAAGAAGCCUCUAGGCCUAAUACUGCACUCAUUUCCCCAGAGAAUUUACAGAAAGCAUCUGGCAGUUCUGAUAAGGGGGGGUCUUUUCUGGCUGGCAAACGAGCAGCAGUGCUCUUCCAGCAAGUCAAGGAAACGAUCAAAGAGAACAUAAAAGAACAUCUUCUUGAUGAUGAAGAUGAGGAUGAAGAAUCAAUGAGACAGAGAAGGGAAGACAGUGACCCAGAAUAUCGCUCCAGCAAAUCUAAACCAUUAACCCUAUUAGAGUAUAAUCUAACCAUGGACACAGCAAAGCUUUUUAUGUCCUGUCUUCAUGCCUGGGGUUUGAAUGAAGAUCUAGAUGAUGUUUGUCUUGAUCGCCUUGGCAUGCUUAAACCGCACUGUUCUGUGUCCUUUGGUCUGCUAUCUAGAGGAGGCCACAUGUCUCUGAUGCUUCCAGGAUAUAACCAGUCCAUAGGCAAACCAUCAUAUGGUAGUGUGGAAGUAGGAAGGAAAAUGUCCAUUACAGAGGGACUAGGAAGGGGGACAUAUGGAGUAUCACGUGCAGUCACUACUCAGCAUCUCCUGUCUAUUAUCUCUUUGGCGAAUACUUUGAUGAGUAUGACUAAUGCAACGUUUAUUGGAGACCAUAUGAAGAAGGGUCCAAUCAGGCCUCCUAGGCCAGGCACCCCAGAUUUGUCUAAAAUGAAGGCUCCCCCACCAGCUUCCAGUAAUGCAGCUCAAGGGCAAAUUAAACAAGUUGCUCCUGCUGUUUCUUCUAGCACUGAAGCUGAUCGCUCUGGCUCUGACCCUGCUCCUACUUUACGUAGCUGUUUCUUAGUAAAUGAAGGAUGGAGUCAACUAGCUGCUAUGCAUUGUGUUAUGCUCCCUGACCUGUUGGGACUGGAGAAAUUUAGACCUCCUCUUCUUGAGAUGCUAGCUCGCAGGUGGCAGGAUCGAUGCUUGGAGGUAAGGGAAGCUGCCCAGGCCUUGCUGUUAGCAGAACUGAGAAGAAUUGAACAGGCAGGGCGGAAAGAAACAAUUGAUGCUUGGGCUCCAUAUUUACCACAAUAUAUUGACAGUAUUAUAUCACCUGGAGUGACAGCGGAAGCCAUUCAAACUGGUAGUGCAAGUCCAGAUUCAUCAGGGUCAGAAGUCAAAGUUCAGGAAGAAGAGCAUGAUCUUGUUGAUGAUGACAUCACAGCAGGUUGUCUGUCUGGUCUCCCACAAAUGAAAAAAAUAUCUACAUCUUAUGAAGAGAGACGGAAGCAAGCCACUGCUAUUGUCUUGCUAGGAGUGAUUGGAGCAGAAUUUGGAGCUGAAAUUGAACCUCCAAAACUGUUGACGAGGCCACGCAGUUCCAGUCAAAUUCCUGAGGGAUUUGGUUUAACUAGUGGUGGAUCAAACUAUUCCUUGGCAAGACAUACUUGGGUUGCUGAUAGCAUCACAAUGGGGCUGCCUCUGAGUCCAGCAGCUGACUCCGCCCGCUCUGCACGACAUGCUCUCUCACUCAUUGCCACUGCCAGACCACCCGCCUUCAUAACAACUAUCGCCAAGGAGGUGCAUAGACACACUGCACUGGCAGCAAACACUCAGUCUCAACAGAAUAUUCACACCACAGCUCUUGCUCGGGCUAAAGGAGAGAUCCUAAGAGUCAUCGAAAUACUAAUAGAUAAAAUGCCCACAGAUGUUGUGGAUCUUCUUGUAGAGGUUAUGGACAUCCUCAUGUACUGCCUUGAAGGAUCCUUAGUCAAAAAAAAGGGACUUCAGGAAUGCUUUCCAGCCAUCUGCAGGUUCUACAUGGUCAGCUAUUAUGAGCGGAGUCACAGAAUAGCAGUUGGAGCUCGCCAUGGUUCAGUGGCCCUGUACGACAUCCGGACUGGAAAAUGUCAGACUAUCCAUGGCCAUAAAGGGCCAAUAACUGCUGUGGCUUUUGCUCCUGAUGGACGGUACCUUGCCACUUAUUCCAACACAGACAGUCACAUCUCCUUUUGGCAGAUGAACACCUCUCUUUUGGGAAGUAUUGGAAUGCUGAAUUCUGCACCUCAGCUCCGCUGUAUUAAAACAUACCAGGUGCCUCCUGUCCAGCCUGCCUCACCAGGUUCACACAAUGCACUCAAAUUGGCACGGCUGAUCUGGACUUCCAAUCGCAAUGUUAUUCUUAUGGCGCAUGAUGGCAAAGAACAUCGAUUUAUGGUCUAGAGUCUGGCUCUGUAUUGCUAGAAAUACAUUUUUUGUUGUAAAAUUCCCUGUAAUUCUCUCUUUCUCUGUUUUUUUGUAACACUGGAUUACCCACACCAGUGCCUAUAUAAAUCAUCCAGUGGGACCAGCCAGACUGCAACAUUUCUGCAUGGUUCCCUAGAGCAGAAUCUUGCUUGUGUCAGCUAUUGAUUCAGAGGUAUGCCCACCAGCUCAACCAAGUGUGGUUAUUGUAUCAUCAUGUAGUUUUUCCUUGCCGUUGAUAGGAGGGACGAAGAUGGCUAUUGGGAAUGCUCUUGUUGCUUGGUGCAACAGAAACUGAAAAAAAUCAAUAACACUGAGGUUGCACUCCUUGACUAGAUCAGCCUUUUCAGGAAUCAUACCCCAAUUUCUGAAGUUGGGCUGAAUCAAGUCACUUUUACAUUUUAGAUUGAAGUAAUGCAGAGCAGUCCUAAUUAUAAAUAUUAUUUUCCUUUUGAAGUUCUUAAAGAAUCUUACUGUUUACCAAAAAGGUUCCAUGUUUACAUGUACUUUCUUCUAGUGACUAUGGGGUGAUCAUUGGGUGAGGAGUCAUAGGCUUUAGCAGUUAGCUUCUUGGGGAUAACUGGCAUGGGAUUCAUGAGAAAGUAUAUGAGGAAUUAGGUUUUCAGGACAAGAGUAGCCUUUGUUCUCAUUUUGAAGAAGCAUAUUUCCUCAUAUAGAGUUUAAAUUCUUGAUUGAAUUGGAAGUUAUGGCAUACUAGGUCAUUGUUUCUGUGACCUGGAAGAAAGAAUUGAGCAGUCCACAUGUAAAUACCCAGAAUCUCUUAAAGAGGGGGAAAGG